AUGCCCAACCUUACCUUGCCGGCGGGUUUCCUGUUCGGUGUGUCAUCCGCCGCUUACCAGGUCGAGGGCGCUGCGAAGGAAGAUGGGAAGGGUCCCUCGGCUUGGGACUGGGCGCCCAGGCAGCCGGGGGGUACGAUUGAUAACUCAACCGGUGAUAUCACUGGUCUGCAGUACUACUUGUACAAGGUGGAUGUUGCGCGCAUGGCCAGCCUGGGCAUCAACGCGCAUUCAUUCUCGAUAUCGUGGGCCCGGAUAUACCCGUUCGGCGCGGCAGACUCGCCGGUCAACCAAGCAGGCCUGCAGCAUUACUCUGAUAUGAUCGACUACCAUUUGCAAAUGGGAGUGAAGCCGGUCGUGACGCUCUUCCACUGGGACACGCCCCUUGCGUUGCUCGCCUACUACGGCGGGUUCACGUCGUCGCAUAUCAUAGACGACUUCGUCAAGUCAGUGUAUUUAGCAACCCGCUUCAAUACAGACGGGCAGACAAAGAGAAUACUUACCGUGCUUCAUGCAGCUAUGCCAAGACCGUCUUUGCGGCGUACAAAGGCAGAGUGA